AUGAAAGGCAAGGUGCGCCGCGGCUGUGGCGGGCCGUGCAACCACUGCGGGCGGACCUGCAGCCCGUGCUGGCGCAAGGGCCCGCCAGAGAAGCCGGUGCUCUGCAACGCGUGCGGCGCCCGCUACCUGGUCAAGCGCAACCUCGAGGGCUACAUGCCAGGCCAGAAGGCGGGGGGGGCAGGGCCGCCCAGGGAGGCGGCCAGGCAGGCGCCGCACGUGAUGCCGGCCUGCGACCGGGACUCGACAGGCAGUUCGGACCGGUCCACGGGCGACAGACGCUCGAUCAGCUCGAGCAGCCUGUCCCACACGCUUGGCGUGCGCACCCGCGGGAGGCGCAGACCGUUCAGACGGCUGGGGGUGAAUGACGACCACGAACUGGACCUGAUGGACGCGGAGCUGGCGGGCGGGGACGAGGAGUGCUCGCGCGGGCCGGCGCCGAUCGCCCGAUGCGGCAGAUUCGACGGAUGCGCCGUCUUCUCCGACGAGGAGUACCUCGAGAACCUGGCCCACGUGGCCGCCUGCACCCUGGCGAUGCUGCGCUACUCGGGUCUGCGCCUGAAGGCCGUCAGGGGUCGCGUGGUGCGCCGGGGCGCCGUCAUCAAGCCCGUGGCGCCCCGGUACCGGAUCACCAACCGCGGCUGA